AUGUCGGAGAAAUGUUCUAACAACGAAAGCCUGGAGCCUGCCCCGCCGGCCGAGGGCUAUGAUCGAUUAGGUCAGCUGAUGGGCGAGCUCCCAGAGGUUUCAGCCUUUCGCAAAUUCGGCGCAUUGUCGGCGGAAGACCUUCUCUACCGACAGGCAGAGCUAACGGAGCUAGAAAUGCGGCUGCGGCUCUACCAGAACGAAGACAAAGAAUCCAAGGAUGAAUACCGAGAAAGGUAUGCAUUCAACUGGCAGAUAUUGAGCGUGUCUUGGAAGGACGACGCUGCAGCAGGCCAUGAAGAAUCACAAUUUGCAACCAUGGAGAUCAGAGACAAGUUGAAAGACUAUCACGAGGCACUGUUACGACAUCGCCGUGUAUUUGAACUUCCCCGUCCACUUGCAGGUCAGUUGAAAAGCCUUGAUGAGUGGAUGCAACGAACGACGAUGGGCAAUGUCUAUCUUGAAGGCCUUGACGCAAACAUUUGGCGGGACCCGAAUAUUGACGAUAUGGUCACUUUAAAGCCGCCUUCGCAUGAAGAUCAUUUCACAUCAGAGUUUACUUUGAAAUUGAUUACUCAAUACAACAAGCUCCUCGGGAAGCAUAUCCAUAGGGCGGAUGAUGAGAAAGCUGAUGGGAAAGACUUCCUCAAGAAUACAAUCCGAUAUCGUGAUGAAGGCACAUUCAAGGUUCUCAAGGCACUCGCCACCUUGAUGGCGUGCCUCCUACCGAUAGCAAGCAUUGCGGUGCUAUACACCAUCCAGAACAUGCCAAGUCGCCUUGGGGCAAUCGCAGUAUUUGUGGCGGUGUUCUCCUUUGCUCUCAAUCUCCUUAGUACUGCUAGUACGAAGGAAAUCUUCGGAGCGACUGCUGCGUCUGCUCGAACAUGUGCCGAAUCCAGGCCACAUGGAAUGGGCCGUCCAUAUUGGGCGCCUAAUUUCCCGGACAAUGUCGAUACUUGUAACGGCAAUGUUAAUCCCGGCCCCAGUACGCAAACCAAUAUCGGCUUGCCCCUCGUGCCGGCAAAGUAUAAUACUCAGAGCAUCCCCUUCGCAGGAGCUGCUCCAGCUUCGCGGGCUGGGCUGGCUCAGCGCAGUUUUACUGAAAUCGAGGAUGAGUACAACUAUGUUGUCGUAGGUGGCGGCGUGAGUGGUUUGGUCGUUGCAAAUAGACUGACCGAGGACCCCAAUGUCAAUGUUCUCGUCGUCGAAUAUGGCGACUUUGACGACAAUCUUGAUCGCUACAUGCCGUACGGCAGCAGAAUGACAACCAGGCCGGAAGACACCUUUGUCUGGCAGUCGACUCCUCAAGCGGGCACUUCGAACAGAGUCCAAGUUGCCAUCACCGGAUCGGUGGUUGGCGGGGGCAGCAUCAUCAACGGCAUGACCUGGGACCGCGGCGCUGCUGCGGAUUACGACGCAUGGGAAGAGCUCGGCAGCCCCGGUUGGGGUUGGGAGGGACUCUUACCCUACUUUAGAAAGUCAAGUCAGUUCGAUCCACCCGCCCCAGAGUAUGUUCAGAAGUACAACUACAGAUGGAAGGCCGAUAACUUUGGCGAAGACGGACCUAUCCAUGUCUCAUUCCCCACCUGGGAGUGGCCCGGAAUUUAUGCCGAAUGGAAGGCAUGGGAGCAUGAUAUGGGUAUCCAAGCUAGGACUGAUGCAGGUGCCGAUGGUGAUAAUGCGGGAUUGGCCUGGGCUCCCAACAACAUCGACCAGAAGAACGGUUCCCGUUCUAAUGCCAGAACACACUACUAUGCUCCCGUCAGCAGUCGGCCGAACCUCCAUCUCCUGACCAAGCAUUACGUUUCCACCGUCACAUUCGACGGGAAGAAAGCUACAGGUGUAGACAUCCUAAGCCGGGCUGGCGGCGUCUCGGCAGCGCGGGCAGCCGUCAAGGCCAAGGACGAGGUCAUUCUGGCAGCCGGAGCUAUCAGCACGGCCAAGAUCCUUCAGCAAAGCGGCAUCGGUCGCCGCGAUCUGCUAGAGUCACUCAACGUCACCUGCGUCGAGGACCUGCCGGGCGUGGGCAUGAACUUCCAGGACCAUCCCAACUUCUACCCGUCUUUCCAGUAUACCAAGAACUUCGACCUCAACCCAAACAUCAUGAUCUCGAACAGGACCUUCUACGAGGCCGCCAUGGCCGAGUGGCUCGCCAACAAGACGGGGCCCAUGACCACGGCCCGCGGCGCCAGCAACAUGAUGUUCCUGCCCCUGCGGGACCUCGCCCCGGACCACUACGGGGACAUCGCGGCCGCCGUCACCGCCCAGCGAGCCGCGGACUACCUGCCCGUAGAGUACUCGUCCAGCCCCGACCUGCUGGCGGGCUACCUCGCCCAGCGCGCCAUCCUGCAGAGGCAAUUCCUCCGCGCCGACGCCGCCGCCUUCGAGUUCAUCUUCUCCGGCUCGGGCUCCGUCCCCAUGGCCCUCGAGAAGCCCCUGUCGCGCGGCACCGUGCAGAUCCGCAGUGCAGACCCGGACGCGGACCCGGCGUCGGGCGCCGGCGCGCCGGCGCUCGACUUCGGCGUGGGGAUGAACCCCCUCGACGUGCGGAUCGGCGCGCUGGCGAUGCAGCUCCUGCGCCGCUGGGCCGACACGGCGACCAUGGCCGAGGCGUUUGCCCCCGUCGAGGUCCUGCCGGGGCGGGACGUCGCGACGCUCGAGCAGAUCGAGAAGGCGCUGCGGGACGGCAUGCUGUCGGCCAGCUUUGCGCACCCGUCUGGCACGGCGGCGAUGAUGCCCCGGGAGCUGGGCGGCGUGCUGGACCCGGAGCUCAGGGUGUACGGCGUCGAGGGCCUCCGGGUUGUGGACGCCAGCAUGAUGCCCAUGAUCCCUGGCGCGCACCUGCAGGCGACUGUGUACGCGGUUGCCGAGAAGGCUGCGGACUUGAUCAAGGCCAAGGGAAAGACCAAGAAGUGA